CGUGGCCACGGAGCUGAAAAAAUGUUGAAAAAAUUUUCAACUUUGUCAAAAUUGCUUGUCAACUGCAAAAAAGAGCUUUUCUCGUGGCCGCACCAAAAACAUACACAAGAGCGAAAAAAAGCUCCAACAUCUGAAUAUCAUCGAUAUUUUGUUUAAGAAACACUAACUAGCAUUGUAGGUGUGACCAGGAAAAGGAAGCGCCCAGUGCAAGUGACAGCGAUUUGCGCGGGCGCGCGAGGGCUCGCACGCCAUACAAGUUCACUGCUCCAGAGCCCUCGCAUUAAAGAGCUUGCGAGCCUUGGAAGUGUCAUCCCGGCAAACAAUGCGAGGGUUGGUGAGGUACCUCUCGCUCUAAUUUCUCUAGUCUAGUCUAGUUGCCUCGCUUCCUCCUAUAGCGAUUCUGUCGAGCUGAGCUUUCACGUCCCUCAUCACUGAUCUCCUUCCUACCCCUCGCCUAAGAUCGUCAGACGUUUCGCCUGACACCUUUCGUUGUGUUGGUGCUAUGCGGCUGCUGUCACUGUAGAAGUCAGGUUGUGUGUGUAAAAAAACGUAAACAGUGUUGUUGGCUGAUCAAUUUUGGUAAGUUUUUUAAUAAUUAAGGUCUUAAUUUUACGUAAGUAAGUGCCAUUUUAGCAAAAGUUAGUGGUAGAAGUCCUGCCCAAUGCGUGCUGGCUCCGUCGGAAGCGUUACGUGCAUGUACCGGCGUAGGAAAGUGAUGUGGUGAACAACACAGCACAAGACAGCGGAUAUAAUGCAGAAAUGAUAUGCGGCAGGUGUUUGCGACUGUACGUUGCGUUGUAUAUGAUUCGCCAAUUUUCCUCUAUCCUGGAACGUGGGCUUACGAGGAACCAUUUAAGAACAUCAUCCGGAAGCUGUACGGCGACGAGUCGGGCUCUACCAGCACAACACGCUGAGGCCCAGCCGGCACCGGGUGCCCCGAUUGCGCCGCCGGACGGUGUCGAGGAAAAAACGUUGAAACGUUCGGGGCAGGAAUUCAACCCUUCGGAUCCUCAUUAUCCUCUGCCCCACAAUAGCUGCAGCAGCAACAGGACCGAACCGACCGCACUACUGAUUGCGGUCAAAUUUCCUGGCAGGAGAAAAAACCCCACGAGUGUAUCGAUUUCAUCGACGGUCGCUCGCUGGCAGCACCGACAAACACUCAUCACAGUGGCGACAGUGGCAAAUUGUUAACGUGAACCCACUUCCGCCCAUCUACACGACAUCGCGUUAAUAGUGUUAUUGUGUUAAUUGGAAAAAUAACUUUAUGUUAACGAGUUAAGUUUAAUCUUAAGUGCGCUUUAAGUCAUAAAUCGAUAUGCCUAAUUUUAUGUUAAGUGUUGUGUCCGCACAAAACAAACAUGAGACGGUGGUGUGUACGGCACAAACAGAA